AUGCUACGCCCGGUUCCGCCUCUGCCACGGAAAGAGCCAAAAGCCGCUUCGGCGAAUGGGACCGGCUCUGCCGCUCCCUCGGCCACGCGAAGGAACGGCUCCACGAGGCUCCCUUCCAAAGCGGAGACUGGUGGCCGUGGUCUUGAAAUAGGUGCGGCCGUGUGGGUGUCUGACCCAUCCCAGGUAUGGACAGCUGGUGAGGUCACUCAAAGCACGAGCAGCCAUGUGGUUGUGAAGCUGGUUUCGGCUGAUUCACCCGAAGAUGACCUGGAGGACCUGGAGGUACCGCACACAGGUGGCAAGGUGCGACUGCUUCGGCGGGAUACAACCAUCGUCGACGCUGCAGCUCUCCAGUACGAUGACUUAACAAAUGUGCCGGAGCUACACGAGGCUGCACUUCUGCAGGCAAUCGCGGACCGGUUUCAGCGAGGGCGCAUUUACACUUUGACAGGUCCCGUGCUUCUGGCGGUCAACCCUUUUCGACACAUGCCUGGCCUGUAUUCGCCGGAGAUGCUUCGCAGCUUUGUGUCGGCCGAGAAGCUUCAGCCCCACAUCUUCAGCAUUGCCAAUCGGGCCUAUCAAGGCAUUCUCGAUCACGACGAGUCUCAGACCGUCCUGGUCAGUGGAGAAAGUGGUGCUGGAAAGACAGAGACGACGAAGUUUGUGAUGCACUUCCUGGCAUUGACCGGAGCCGAGGCGGUGGUGAGUGAGGGCGAGAAGCCACUGUCUAGGGUGGAGCGACAGGUGCUCAGGUCAAACCCAUUGCUUGAAGCUUUCGGGAAUGCGCAGACCCUUAGAAAUCACAAUUCGUCGAGGUUUGGCAAGUACAUCGAGCUGCAAUUUGGUUUGGAAGACGGGCUGCCCGGGUCGAAGAAGCGACUUAUUGGAACGAGGAUUCGCACUUACCUCCUUGAGACGGUUCGUGUGAUUGACCAUCAGCCUGGUGAGAGGAGCUUUCACAUUUUCUAUCAAGCCCUGGCCACAUCGGCACACUUGCCUGAGCUGGACGGCAUGGUGAGGGAGCACCUUGGGAAGAUUGAGGGAAUCUCCUGCUUCAAAAAUCUUGGCAACUCGAGAUGCUCUGAGCUUCUGGAUGACACUGGGGACUUUCAGGCAACGCUCGCUGCCAUGCAAACUAUGGGUUUCCAUGCGCAUGAAAUCGCCGACGUUCUCCGGGCUGUUCUUGCAGUGCUGCAUGUUGGAAACAUUGAGUUCACUGUGCCUGCGAAGAACAGCGAGGCCUCCGAGGUGCUUCCCUCGGCCGGAGCGUCGGAGGAUCUCAAAGCUCCCUUGGAUGAAGCCUCCGAGCUCCUGGGUUUAUCAGGGACCCAGCUGGCCGAAGUCCUCUGCUACCGGACGAUGCAAGCACCGGGCGAGCAGGUCAUCCGCAUGGGAAACACCACAAAGCAGGCGGCCGAGUGCAGAGAUGCCCUCGGACGGUAUCUCUAUCAUGCACUCUUCAAGCACAUCGUGGAGAAGACAAACGCCUCCAUUGGCUUCAAGCCAGAAGCCACUUUCUGUGGAGUGCUGGACAUCUUCGGCUUCGAGUUCUUCAAGGUCAACUCUUUCGAGCAGCUUUGCAUCAACUUCACCAACGAAUUGCUGCAGCAGUACUUCAACAACUUCAUCUUUGAGAACGAGACCAUUCUCUACCAAGAGGAGGGUGUGCCCUGGCAAGACGAAGACUUCCCGGACAACACCGGCAUUGUGAAGCUCUUGCAGUCCUCGCCAUCAGGGAUCUUUCCCAUGCUUGACGAGGAGUGCUUCGUGAUAGGCGGCACUUCUGGCAGCUGGCAUAGGAAGCUCAUACAGACGCAUCAGAACCAUCCUUCUUUCGGCGUGGUGAAACUACAAAACUCUACCUUCAUUGUGAGGCACUUUGCCGGUCCGGUAACCUACACAGUGGAUGGGUUUCUCGAGAAGAACCGUGACCGUCUUUCACAGGACCUUGUCCGGUGUCUGGCUGGCAGUGAUUGGCCCUUUGUGCGGAACUGUUUCAAAGAUAGCGCCGAGAACUCCGUGUCUCGUGCCGAACUCAUUGAGCCAGGGUGCAGGGCUCAGGGCAGCUCGGACGCGAACCAGAUCGAUGCCCUCGUGGAGGCAGUCGACACGAAGGCGGAUGGAAUCACCUUCAAGACCUUCUGCGCCUUCCUGGAGCAAAGCGACCUUGACGCGCACGCGGUGCUGCGAGCAUUGGAGAGCUGA